GUUUUGGGUAAUACACGAGGGGCUAGUUUCUGCUUAGGGGUUAGUAAUUUGGUUCACCGCCACCAAGUAUUUACAACAUAUUAUUUCUGAUGUCACUUAUUCAUACUAACAGAGAAGACUUGUGUCUUUAAUUGAUAAUAAACAGCACCUCCUUUAAAAAAAGAUAAAAAGAGUAUAUUUAAAUAAGAGACUGAUGAUGCCAUUUUAGGCGAAUUACAUAUCUUACGGAAUACAAUUUGCUGGACUUGAUUUUUUGGUGGUUAACAUUUUGUACUGCUUAUUUAUCCUUAAUGUUAUCGUUACAAGAACUUUUCCGCUUUAAGAGUGCGAGAUCAGGGUCAGAUUCCCUGGGAUUUAUUGUUACUCAAUUUAAAGUUUUCUAAAUUUCCUAAACAGAAAACAUUCAAACAAAACCAAAGUAUUUUGAUUUGCUGGUUGUUGUAACUUUAAAGCCAAAUAUGCCAAUUCAAAUUCAAGAAAUAAACAACUCUGAGGAGAUAUCUGACUGUCCACUAUGCAUGGAGCCUUUGGAAGUAGAUGACAUAAACUUCUUUCCCUGUGUUUGUGGGUACCAAAUAUGCAGGUUUUGCUGGCACAGAAUACGAACUGAUGAGAACGGUCUUUGUCCAGCGUGUAGAACUUCAUAUCCUGAAGACCCCGCAGAGUUUAAACCACUCACUGGGUCAGACUUGCAAAAAAUUCGACACGAAAAGCGACAAAAAGAAGUUCAAAGGCGACAAAAACUCACAGAUGGUCGAAGACAUCUGGCCAACAUGAGGGUCCUGCAGAAAAACUUGGUGUUUGUCAUUGGUUUGUCUCAAAGGUUGUCUGACCAAGAGAUUUUGAAACGUCAAGAGUAUUUUGGGAAGUAUGGCAAAAUAGUCAAAGUUGUCAUCAAUAAUAAUACAGCCUAUGCAGGAACACAGGGACCUAGUUCUAGUGCAUAUGUCACUUAUUCCAAGAUGGAGGAAGCGUUGCGAGCGAUUCAAUCCGUUAAUAACGUUUAUAUUGAUGGGAGAACACUGAAAGCUUCAUUGGGGACAACGAAAUAUUGCAGCACUUAUCUUAAGAAUCAACAAUGCCAUAAAACUGAUUGUAUGUAUCUUCAUGAAUUAGCAGAAGAUGAUGCAAGUUUCACUAAAGAAGAUAUGCAGGCUGGAAAGCAUCAAGAUUUUGAGCAGCGGUUGAUUCAUCAGUUGUUACAAAAAGAUGAAGAUGCAGGAAACUUGGGAAGUGAAUCCAUAUCUGAUCUUGACCGAAUAACAUUAAGUUCUGAGAGUAUUGUAACAUCAACACGUCAGCGACGACACAGUGGUUCAUCUUCCGGAUCGCAUCAGAGCUCAAAGAAAGGAGGAACAGAAUCCUCUCAAUCUUCAUCAUCACUGGAAGAUAGCCGAAGCAUGAUUCAUAAAAACGAUCUAAAAAAGUUAAAUUCUUCUCCUCAAAGAGGGAAAACCCCCAUAGAGGGGUACAUAGAAGGGGGUCAGUUAUCCUCGGAAUGUUCGUCAAAUGCUACGACCCCACCACCCCCUAAUCUUCAUACAGUAGACCCCAGAAAUAGAGACAAGAUAACACCCCCUCCUCCUCCACUACCCCUACCACACACACAACAGUCUAUACCCCCUACAACGAUUCCAUCACUGCAGGAACCACCUAACCACAUAGAAGACUCAACUUAUAACAACGAACAAAGUAAUGAAAAGUUUCAAAAAGAUUUUAUAUCCUUAGCUACUGAAAAGUUAAAAUUGUCUGGUAAUGGAGUCCAACAAUAUUCUCCAUUUCAAAGGUUUCAUCAAAAUAAUGGAAUCACACCCAACUCAAAUAUAUCGGAUCCAUUUCACUCCCUCCCCACCCACCAACCCUUCCUACAUAACACAACAGAUACAACAUGGUUGUCCAGUGUACAACAACCGCAGUUACAAGACACAAUUCCGAUUAAAAGUUCGAAUGAUUGGGAAGCGGCUUUUGGGUUCCGGAAUAUUCCAGUUAUGACAUCACAAACCCCACAGUCGACGAAACAAGAAGAGUCCGGCGACGAUGACCUCGGAUUCGAUCCUUGGUUGGAAUGUAAUAAAGGACUUGCAGAUUUAAUUGCAAAGGAAAGCGCAACCAGCAAGUCCAUGGUGGGUACAUGGCCAACUAACAACCAAAUACAGAACGCAUCACAAACAUCAUAUUUUGCUCAUAAAACCGACCGAUUGAUUAACAAUAACCCGUUUGGAUUGAAAUCCAACCCGUACUCAAACCAUGAGUUUCCCACCUACAACAAUUCCAGCAACUCCCAGUCAUAUUUGGACCGUAACUUGUCCUCAAGUCCCAGGAAACUUACCGAAUGGCAAAGCGGCCUUCGAGCCUUGUUACCUACCGUUAAUAUUAACUUUGCGAUGGAUAAUGCAACUUCUACAGUUCACCAAACUAUACGACAACCACAUACCCAAACACAGGCUACUAUGUCAUCACAACCGUCUAUGAUGUCAUCACAACCGUCUAUGAUGUCUUCACAAUCCUCUAUGAUGUCAUCACAACAUGCUACUAUGUCAUCACAACCGUCAAUGAUGUCAUCACAACCGUCUAUGAUGUCACAACAUUCUAUGAUGUCAAAUGGUAGCAGGGGAAGGUCGUUAUUUGGUUUUGGUUACGAACAGUGGGGACAGACAAACCACAACAGUUUCAAUUCCCUCGGAAACAGAAAUACAUCGCCAGCUUUUCAUAACGGGUUUAACCGGCAAGGAACUGGCCGUUUCAGCCCUGUAGCGCCACCACCUGGCCUCGGACUAUCGCAAUUAAAUGACCCAGCAAUUAUAUCUCGAGGCGUGAAACCUACAAAUAACCCACAAAAUGAAGAAACUCCGCAUUGGAUGAAGUCUCUUCAAACCCUAACGGACAAUGAUAGUUCUAUGAGCCCAAUUUUAAAUUCGGAAGGACCGGAAAAUUCAAAAAUUCCUUUUACGCCGUGGCCUGCGUUCUCUAAUUCAAAUUUAUCAUCACUUGGUGUCGCUAGCCAGCCCCCGCCUGGAUUUCAAAGCAGAAUGCCGUUUGCAGGACCCACUGAAUUUGGAAUGCGACAAGCUAUGCUUGAAAACCAGUCUUAACCAUAUUUCGACAGCUAUGAGUGUUUGUUACAUAUAAAUAUAUAAUUGUUUAAGUUAUGUGUGCUGGUAAAGCAACACCCCACAAAGAAAAGAUUAUAUUGCGCAAUGUAUAUUUAUUAAAGACAGAUAAGCAGAUAUUUAACAAAGAAUUUUCUGGGUGUUGUAGCUAAGGCUACUGACGUUAUUUAAUUUCAAAUAGAAAUUUAAAGUUUCAAAACUUGUUACUAAUUCGCAAAGGUCAAAAUAAAAGGAGCUGAAAAGUA